CAAAAGCGAAAGCAGCGAUGAUUUAAUUCGAAACCGAAUGUAUUCAAACGGGGGCUUUCCACGUAGCGCAGCCGGGAAAAAUUCUCCAUUGUCAGACUCCCUCGGAGAACCUUCGAUCCUGACAUGUUUUCCUGGCUGAGGUGGUUGUCGGCCGAUCGCUCUGUUUCAGCCUGCCAGAGAUCCACUGCUUUGAAAGUAAAAACCCCCUGUGGUCACAUCAUUAACUCAUCUUUCACUAAGGCAUGGGUGACUUUACAGGUUGACCAGGGAGAUUUUGAGUUCUUCUGUCCACUCUGCCAUGUAGCCUGGCCCUGGAUGGAAAUAAAGCAGCUGUCGGUGUUCACUGCUGAGGAGAUCAAAGCCAUGGAAGGUAAAAAAGCCCGAAUGAACUCAAGCAAUACUCUGCUCAAAAAGUGUCCAGGCUGCAAAUCUUUAUAUAGUAAAGAAAAUCUGAAGACCAACUCCAUCAUAUGUCGACCAUGUUCAACAAGACAGCGGAAGAUCUUCUCAUUCUGCAGUGAUUGCCAGCAGGAAUGGAAAGGCACAUCUCUGCAGGAUGACCUCUGUGGAAACCAAAAUUGUUACAUGCUGUCAUGUCUCCUGUCCUGCCCACUGAUUAGUGAACCAGGUAGCAGGCUGAAUGGUUGUCCGUCUUUCCGGGCAUGUCCUCAGUGUUUUUGCCUCAUUGCACACUCUCUUGUAGGGUGUCCAAAGGUCAUAUGUCCAGAGUGCAAUUACCAUUUCUGUUUCCGGUGUCUCAAAACAUACUGCGCAAUUCCAAAUCUUAUCCUAUUCAUGCAUCCAGAAGACAUGGAUAUCAUCAGAGAUUAUCGGUGCAUUAAAGCACCGAGACAGACAGCUGUGAGAUUGUGCUGAUAUGAAUGUACUUUCCUCUAGUAGCAUUCACUAAAUUAUGAUUUAUCUUCAAGUCCUUUUUUGCUUGCCCCUGCCUGCCAGUUCCCAUUCUGUAGCAGUACAAAUAUGACCGAAAAUAAUAUCCAAAGGGUUAAGGAAAAGCCAGAACACCAGUGAAUUCAAUGAGAUGGCAAGUAAGGAGGUGAGGCCAGUAAAAACCCUUAGAUAAUGUCAGAUAAGCAUUACUUCUUCUUCUAGCUCUCUCUACUGCACACAUUAUUAAAGGUUCUAAUAGGGCAAAUGAUCAUUGAUCAUGGAAGACACAGUUUUGGCCUAGAAGUUAAAUGUACUGCAAAUCAUGGGAGAUCUCCCUUUACUUUAUUACAUUUCUACAUAACCUUCUGAAUUAAAAAGCCAGAACCUAAGGGACACACCUAAAAAAAAACACUUGGAGUUAUCUCCAAGACCAUAGACAUCUACGAGCACUCAAGUCAAUUCACUAUUUCAAACCUUUUUUACAUUAUACUCUCAAGAAUCAAAAAAAAUAACAGAUCAUUGCAUUUUUUUUCUUUCAGCACAGUUAAGAAAAACUUAACAAAAAAUGUCAGAAAACAGAUAUUUCCCAAUUUUUUCCCUCUGGACAAUUAAAGUACUUCUCUGUCUG